AUGUUUGCAGUUGAAAACAUUUCUAUGGAAUUCGAACCGGCGAUCAACGAAUCGUCUUCGUCACUUUCGUCAUCUCGUAGUAGCUGCGGUCACUGGUAUGUUCGUUACGGAGUCUGCAUCGCUUGUAAAUCGACGGUAAACAAACGCCAUGGCAGAGCAUUCGAUUAUCUCGUUCAAGGUUUGCAGCUAAGCCACGAAGCAGCAGCGUUUACGAAGCGCUUUACUACGCAAUUCUAUUGUCUCAACGAGAAGAAGCUAAACCUUGUACUCGACUUGGACCACACGCUUCUCCACUCUAUUAGGGUUUCACUUCUUUCCGAAACAGAGAAGUGUCUAAUCGAAGAAGCGUGUUCAACUACAAGGGAAGAUCUGUGGAAGUUGGACAGCGAUUACUUGACAAAGCUACGGCCUUUUGUUCACGAGUUUUUGAAGGAAGCCAACGAGUUGUUCACAAUGUAUGUUUAUACAAUGGGUACUAGAGUAUACGCCGAAUCCUUGUUGAAGCUGAUUGAUCCCAAGAGAAUCUACUUUGGUGAUAGAGUGAUAACAAGAGACGAGUCUCCUUACGUGAAGACGCUUGAUUUGGUUUUGGCUGAGGAGCGUGGAGUGGUUAUUGUGGAUGAUACGAGUGAUGUUUGGACGCAUCACAAGAGUAACCUAGUAGAGAUUAACGAGUACCACUUUUUCAGAGUCAAUGGCCCAGAAGAGUCAAAUUCUUACACGGAGGAGAAGAGAGACGAGAGUAAAAACAAUGGUGGAUUGGCCAAUGUUCUGAAAUUACUCAAGGAAGUUCACUAUGGAUUCUUCAGAGUCAAGGAAGAGUUAGAGUCACAAGACGUGAGGUUUUUGCUACAAGAAAUAGAUUUCAAACUUCUCACAAAAGACGCCUGA